UCCCUCUCAAACCCCCCUCUCUCUGGGUGGAGUAAGUGGACGGGGUCACAGAGGAAGCAUGUCAGACCAGUGAGACAUACACACACACAGAGCAGUUGGAAGAAGCAGAGAGACAUACACUCCGUGUGCAGUGUGAUUCAGCGUGUAUGUGUGUUACUGAGUAGUGAUGGUAGCAGAGGAGGUGGUGGUCACUCUCUCAGGAGGGGCUCCAUGGGGCUUCAGACUGCAAGGAGGAGUAGAGCAGCAAACACCACUACAGGUGGCCAAGGUGCGACGGCGCAGUAAGGCGUGCCGGGCCGACCUGAGGGAGGAGGAUGAGUUGGUUGCCAUCGGCGACCAUGUCUGUGCAGAGCUCAACCACGCUCAGGCGAUGAUGCUCAUCGACUCCCAUCGACACACUCUCAACCUCAGGGUCAAGAGGUCUGGGUUCCACUCUGUGGUCCUGCCGGGUCGGAUACACACAGCCACACACACUGACGGGCCUGCCUGCUUCACCCUCACCUCCCCCCCUGACAGUGAGGCCUAUUAUGGAGAGACGGACAGCGAUGCGGACACACACACACACCGCCGCCAGCGACACACUCCUCCGGAUGCGCGCUCUCCCGGUCGCCAGCAGGAGGAGGAGGAGACGUCGGAGAUAAGCGGGUAUGAGAGCGCUCCAGAUGGGGGCGUUUCCCUGCAGGGGACCUGGGAGCAACUACCCACACUGGGAAAUGGGGGGAUCCAACAGUGGGAGCAACCAACGGGAUCAGGAACAGGGGGGUUUCAACCUGGAGUACCACGCAGGGAGGUAGUCUACCAACCCCAACCCCAACCCCCGCAGGCCCGGCCAGAGUGGACCCACCCAGCCCGGCCCGUCCUACACCAUGCGCAGGGGGAGCCGGUGGUGGGAGGAGAGGUGGAGGGAGACAGUGGGUUCCAGGAGGCAGGGGGGGGUGUGGUUCUGGCCUGCUCACCCCUGGUGUCUCCAGAGCGGGCUAGAGGAGCCAUGAUGCUGGGCUCCAGCUCUCAGAUGGUUCCCAUGGUGGGCUCCCAGCUGACCCCACUCAGUGAUGAACUGUCUGCUACGUACAAGGAAAAGGCCCGGCAAGCCAAGCUGCAGAGAGGAGAGAGUGUGGUAGACAGGCAGGUGAAAGAGGCUCGUACUAAAUGUCGUUCCAUCGCCUCCCUGCUCACCGACGCUCCAAACUCCAACUCUAAAGGAGUUCUCAUGUUCAAGAAGAGACGCCAGCGUGCCAAGAAGUUCACCCUCACCUGUUUUGGCCGCGCAGAGGGGGAGGUGGGUGCUGAGACUGGGGGAGAGAUGGAGGGGGAGGUGGGUCAUGAGACUGGGGGAGAGACGGAGGGAGAGGAGGAGGAAGGGAGUUCCUUCCCCUCGGGUUCAGAGGUGGAUGAAGAGGGCUUUGCUGGAACCUUUGACCCCACCUGGGACAGCGAAUACCUGGACAUGCUGGAUAGGAGGAGUUCUGCCUGCCCCUCCACCUAUAACUCAAGGCCCCAAACACCAACUAAUCAGAGCUCAGGGUUGGAUUCCUUGGCCUAUCAGAGCCCAGAGAUGAACAUGUCAUUCAAUCAGGGGUCUGGGAUGAAUGCCCCAGCCUAUCAGAGCCCCGGGCUGGACUACAUAGCCUAUCAGGGGAAAGAGACAAAGCAGUAUGAGCAGCAAAGGAAAUUGGCCACUCCUGUCACCUACAACUCUGCCCCUAACACCUCCCUGACUGCAAGUUUGUCCAAUGGGGGCUCAGCAGGGAUGAGUCAGGCCAGUGUGGUUCUGACUUCCACCUCUCACACCCCUAUCCCCCCCCAGCCUGACCUAAACACUAACCCUAACCCGCCUGGGGGAAUCCAUAACCGCACGGCACGCCCCUUCAGCUCAGGCCUUGCCCCAUCUCGCCCCCCCGCCAGCCCUGUCAUCUUCCGACCCGUCCAGCCCACUCCUGGCUUGACAAUGGUUUCCAAACCCACUGCUGCGGUAUCCAUGGUAACCAUCGCCCCCCCUCGACCUUCAGGGGCGCCCGAGGCCAGGAGAGCGGUCUCCAGUACCUCCCUCUACAUUCCCCCUAGACCUACUGAAUCCAUCCUCUCUCCUCCUCCUCUUGUUCUCUCUCCUCCAUCCUCUCCUACCCGCACUCCCUCUCAGCCUUUCUCUUCUCCCUCGGUCCAUACUGCCACCUUCUCUCCUUCUUCUGACUGCUGCUCCUUGACUGCUCCUCAACCAUUCUCUCCUCCUCCUGCCCCCAUUCAACACUUCUCUACUCCUAGUCAACCUUUCUCCCCUCCUCCUCCUCAUGCCCCAGUCUAUCCAUCCUCUGCCAUGGCUGCCCAGCCCUUCUCUCCUCCUUCUUCUUCUAAUCAACCCUUCUCUCCAUCCUCUGCCACACCUUACAUUCCCUCCCUUGCUCAGACCCAACCCCCUCCUCCCUUGACCUUCAACUCCUAUGUCUCUAUGACAAACCCUGCCAUGGUGACCCCCUCCACUGCCCAGACCCCUGCCUCUGAUUCUUUGUCAUCCCGUGAGCAGCGUAUCGCCGUCCCCGCCUCCAGAACAGGCAUUCUCGCGGAGGCGCGUCGUCGCAGCAACAAGAAGCCUAUGUUCCGUCCUUCUGUGGAGAACAAGAAGGACGUGUCUCCCAACCCGGCCCUGCUGGAGCUGCUCCAAAACCCGGAUGCACCGACCAGGAUAGGCCCAGGCCCCAUGGGGCCUAGUGGAGGAGUUAGUGGGGAGGCUGGAGGUGAGUCAGGCCCUGAAGAGGACUGGUUGAAGCUGGGGGCUGAGGCCUGUAACUUCAUGCAGGCACAGAGAGGCUCCAAGCCCCCUCCUGUGGCCCCUAAACCCCAGCCUCCUCCACAGGUACCCCAGCUAGCAGGGAAGGGGGGUCAGCUGUUUGCCCGUAGGCAGAGCAGGAUGGAUCGCUAUGUGGUGGAGACCCCCUCCUCACCCCAACCCAGUCCCGGCCACCCCCGCCAGCCCUCUCCCACACCCUCCCUCCCCUCUCAAUUCAAAUACUCCUCCAGCUGCAGAGCCCCCCCUCCCAUCAGCUACAACCCCCUCCUCUCCCCCUCCUGCCCUCCCCAAGCCCAGCGCCAGAGGGCGGGGGUAGUAGGACAGGGUGGGGGUUCAGCGGGGCAUAAAGCCGCCCCUGGGGGUCAGAAGGCUCAAGGCAUCAAGGCUCUGGACUUCAUGAGUCACCAGCCCUAUCAGCUAAACUCCUCCCUCUUCAGCUACGGGGGCGGGACUCCCCAGGGCCAAAACAAGAUGCCACGUGUGUAUGAGGUCAAACGGUUCUCCACGCCACCUCCCACAGGCCCCGCCCCUACUGUCAUCAUCCCACGAUCAGCGACCACACUAGGAGAACCGAUGUGGAGGUCUGAUGUCAUUUCUCUUCCCCCAACAGCCACUUCCUGCUACCAAUCACUCUCUACCCCCCCCUACCAACCUCAGCCCCAGUGGGUCCCACCUACUCCAGCCCCCACAGGCCCCCUCCCACAGCUUCCGAGCUUCUCCUCCGUCCAUGUCCCUGACCCUAACCCCUACCCCUCCCAGGCCCACGCCCCCCAACAAGGUAACAGUCAGUUUAAGAGUGCCCCUGAUCUGAGCCAUUUGGCCCACACCCCACCUCGCCCCGCCUCCACGCAGCCCUCCAGAGUGCCUCGCCCCAAAUUCAGCACCUCUAACCUGGGUCUGCAACCUAGCGUCUGGCGCCCCGGAUCCACCAUGAGCUAAGUCAACACACUAUAGACUGGCUCUGGAGAAAUCCCAGCUUGCAAAUUUGGUUCCUUGGAAGUUGUGGGAACGUACGUUUUUGGUUUACCAUUGGUUCUGGGAAUGAAGCCGUAAGUUACCCAGACCGGUAAAACUGAAUGUUUUUUAAACAUUCUGAUAACGGAAGUAAACAUUUUGCCUGUUCUGGGAAGGUACGCUUUAAGUUUGCAGGGAGGUUUUGAGAACAUUUUAUUCUGGUUCCCCUGAAAGUUUUCCUAGGAGGUUUUGUUAUCGUUCUUAGAACAGAAAUGAUGGGUUAUUUGAAGGUAAUUAAAUAAAGUUUUGAGAACAUUAUCUAAAUGUUGUGAAUGUGUUAAACAAAAUGUAAAGGUUAUUUCGAAAUGAUGGAAUAACUUCCUUAACAUUUUCACUGAAUGUUUCAAUAAGACUUUCAAUAACACUGCGAGAAUAGUUUGUUAAGAACUCCAAGCACAGAUAAGACAAAUGGAAAUGUAUUUGCUGAGGCAUUAAUCAUGCAAACACAUGCAUUUUUUUUUAUUGUGGCACGGCGUCAGUGAGAUUCAAACCUAUGAUCUUCUGUUCUCUAUCUAUGAAAUGAGUCUACUGCGCCACCAGGAUGGAGCUAGCAUGUUUUUUUAUUACUUGUUUAAAAUAAACUCAUGUUCAUUGUAGUCUACACAAACAGACCCCAUUUCAAAGAAAACAAACAUUUAUUCAAGUGUGGCCAAUUAUCGGGCACGGCUAACACACCUGAGGAGAGAGAGAGUUGACGCUGAGAACGGAAUGUAUUCGUUUUUAAACGUUAUUUAUGUUUUCUUGUGGUUUUUAGCAAACGUUUUCUUAAUGUUCUGAGAACAUGACUUUGAAUAGAACCAUGAGCAAACCUUCAGACGACGUUAUGCUGAAGUACUAAACAUCCCGCAGAAGAAUAUUGUUUCUUAACGUUUUCUGAAUGUUCUGAGAACAGUACUUUAAAUAGAACCAUGAGGAAACCUUCAGACGACGUUAUGCUGAAGUACUAAACAUCCCGCAGAAGAAUAUUGUUUCUUAACGUUUUCUGAAUGUUCUGAGAACAGUACUUUAAAUAGAACCAUGAGGAAACCUUCAGACGACGUUAUGCUGAAGUACUAAACAUCCCGCAGAAGAAUAUUGUUUCUUAACGUUUUCUGAAUGUUCUGAGAACAGUACUUUAAAUAGAACCAUGAGGAAACCUGUAGGAAACAUUAUUCUGAAAUAUUGAAAUUCUUGCAGAAGAACGUUGUUACUAAACAUUCUCUGAACUAUUUGAAAACAUUCCCAGUUGGAGAACGUUCCUAGAACAUUACCAAAAGUGUCAUUAAAUGUAACCAUGUUUCAACUUUUGGAAAACAUUUAUUUAAAGUAACGAAAUACCAAGAAAAUAACGUUAUUUUGUCAAGUUCCUUCAAUCUGCUCGGAAUGUUCCAAAGCCAAGCAACUAUCCUGCACCAUUCCCAGAAUGUUGUGGGAAUGUUGUAUGCAAAAUAACCAUAGGACAACUAUGCUCUCACGUUUUGGAUUGACAAGGUAUUGGUCUUUGUCAGUCCAAAAGAGAUGUUAGUAUUGUGCAUUGCAUAAUUUACCUAAGAAUGAAAAUCAGAAGUCUAUCCACUACUCACCUGUUUGAAUACUUUGAAGUGUCUUUGGUCUGGGGUUUUCUUGAUCACAUUCUUUAUUUUAUAGACUUCCUGUUUGGACACCAUUGUAGCUCUUGGUUCACACCAGCCUUGUCAUCACCAUUCCUUAUUCUGAUAAUUUGACCUCCUCUGCUUCGCCUGAUAAAAAAUAUUAUUUGAUGUAUAGUUGAUGUAGAAUAUAGUUGAUAUGUAUGAAUAUAUGAAUGUAAAAUAAGUAUUUUAUAACGCGAUCUAAAGUGUCAGACAAAGAGAGCGAGAAACAUGGAUAGGGAGAGAAAAUGGGACUUGAUAUGUAGUCUAAUAAAACAAAAUUGAAUGCGUUGGGAAUGACAGAAUAAAGUUGAAAAUAAAGAAGGAUAAACAGAUAAAAGUGAGGACGUGCUAAAGAGAGAUCGAGCAGAGGAGAGAUGGAUGAGAGGAGAGAUCGAGGAGAGGAGAGAUGGAUGAGAGGAGAGAUGGAUGAGAGGAGAGAAGCCAGAACAUCCAUCCUAAGACAAACUGUAGGCUAAUGCUGACUUGUAAAAGGAUGGACUACAUGCCUGCUGUGUGCUUCCACUGUGACUUUAGCUAAGGGGCCUAAUACAAUCUCGGGGAGUGCAGGAGACCCAGGUUCAAAAUCCAGUUGGUCACAUGAAGGCCUGAAUCUGAACCAAAGAGCUGACUGUAUAGGAGAACAAGACUGUACUCAUCUAUGAAGCUACCAGCACGCAGUGCCAACCUCUUCUUUUUCAUGUUAUUUUUGUCAUGAUUAUUGUGAGUAUAUUAUUAUUAUGAAUAUCAUGAAAUAGCCUGUGUUUUUCUUUCUUGCUUCAUAUAAAUGUGUCAGUGCAUUGCACAGUAGUACACUCUGUAUCAGGAUGUGUUUGUUUGGUGGUUUUUCCUUUGCCUUUUCCACUUCCUUAUUGUGAUAAGAAAGGGAGGGGAAGGGAAGGGAAAGGAAGGGAGGAGAUAGCAGGGAGGUUUUGUCUGAUUGAUGUGAGAGCUGAGCUGUUCAGUUGGUGUUCUGUAGUUCAGAGAAAUAAAAAACAGAUGUGAAACUC